AUGACGUCCUCACUGGGUCCAGAGGGACAGGUCUUGGGUCUGGAGCGGGGACAGUCCACCAGAGCAGACUCAUGGCCUUCACAGUGGAACGUCUGCCCCAGAGAAGAGAGCUCCCCCUGGAGGACAGAAGGACCCCUGCAGCCCAGCUCCCUGCACAGCACCUCUGCUCCCCGCAGGUCCAAGGCCCCUUCACAGACCGAGAUCCAGGACUGGUCCCAUAUCUGCAGUGAUCCAGAGCAGAGACCAGAGCCUCCAACCAGCCGCACAGAGUCUGAGACAGAGAGCCUCAGCCCCUGGCCCCUGACUGUGAUCCAGCCUCAGUCCUGGCCCCUGACUGUGAUCCAGCCUCAGUCCUGGCCCCUGACUGUGAUCCAGCCUCAGUCCUGGCCCCUGACUGUGAUCCAGCCUCAGUCCUGGCCCCUGACUGUGAUCCAGCCUCAGUCCUGGCCCCUGACUGUGAUCCAGCCUCAGUCCUGGCCCCUGACUGUGAUCCAGCCUCAGUCCUGGCCCCUGACUGUGAUCCAGCCUCAGUCCUGGCCCCUGACUGUGAUCCAGCCUCAGUCCUGGCCCCCUGACUGUGAUCCAGCCUCAGUCCUGGCCCCUGACUGUGAUCCAGCCUCAGUCCUGGCCCCUGACUGUGAUCCAGCCUCAGUCCUGGCCCCUGACUGUGAUCCAGCCUCAGUCCUGGCCCCUGACUCUGUGAUCCAGCCUCAGUCCUGGCCCCUGAGGGUGAUCCAGCCUCAGUCCUGGCCCCUGACUGUGAUCCAGCCUCAGUCCUGGCCCCUGACUGUGAUCCAGCCUCAGUCCUGGGCGGUCCGGUGCGUCAGACCUUCUCCCUGUGACCACUUCUUGUUCAGACUCUGGAUAAUUGGAUCCAGAAGUUCCCGGUUCCCCACGGAGACGCUCACUUCCUGUUUCGGGGGCCAGAUGCUGGAAUGUGCGGAAUGUCGUCUGUUUUGUGACCGAGACUUGGUUCCUUUUGGGCUCUCUCUGCGUAACGACUGA